AUGUCAGCGGCCGCCACUGCGAAGUCUCCUAAUGUAUGCGCCAACUGCAAGGCCCGCAAGAAACGAUGUGACAAGUCUCUGCCGCGCUGCCGCUACUGCGAUGACCACAAUCUACCCUGUCGGUAUCAGACAUUGAGUCAUAGUCCGCGACAUCGAGUAAUCGCAGAUUCCGUCCUUGUGCGCGCAGCCAGUCCUCAGUCCCAAAGUGGCAUCUCGAGAACCCCUGGUGCUCUACGAGCUAACAACCCUGUCAGUGCAUCCACACAACUACUUUUCGACAGCCUCGCAUGCAGCGCGCAUAUUCCCCGCGGGCCACCAGUCUCGACGGUCGAGUCCACACUAUGUAUUCAGGCUCGGCGGUUGCUCGAAACUACGGGGCUUUACCUUGAUGAAAUCAGUGUCCGGUACUUCCAGGGUGUUCAUACAUUCGUACCAAUUAUCUCCCGGCGGCAGUUCCAUGCACAGCUGCUUUCUUUUGGGACCGAUCUCCAGGCUGAUUUUGCGUUACUCGUUCUAUGCAUGGCAUUACUUGUCUCUUCUACAGACUCUUUCGAUGCCUUGGGACCGCAAGGGCCCCACCGAAUUGAAGAUCUGACGCUCUAUGUUGCCACUAAAUCCCUUACGGCCCAGACACAAGCGCUCUGCGCGCCCACAACCCGCCUCGUUCAAGCUGGCGUGUUGCUAUCGGUUUAUGAGUAUGCCCAUGGUCAUCCGGAGCAGGCUUUCAGGACGAUCGGAAGCUCCGCGAGGAUGGCGUAUGCAGCCCAGCUACGAUCCAUCCCUGCUUUAGCCAGAAAUGCCCCGUCGCAGAUUGAUUGGACCAUAGAAGAAGAGGAGAUUAAUACCUGGUGGGGAAUCCGCAUAUGUGAGCGAACGUUCCUGUGCGAGCAAGCGAUUGUGGAUCAGCCAUUGGGCUCCGUAAUGCCCACCCAGGACGAUUAUCUACCACUCGAACCCUCUAUUCUAGACCAGAUGAACCCGGCAGUGGCGGUCCCACCUCGCGUCGCGAUCCAGGCGCUGCCCUCUCCCGAGGUUGGCGGCUUUGGGCGCAGCGCUCAAGCGGCAUGGCUCCUGGAUGGGGUUCUGCAGGGUCUAUCCAUGACGGAUCCUGACCAGAAACAGGCACACCUUACUGAAUGUGAUCGAACACUGCGGUCCUUUCUGGCAAUUGUGAUGCAACAGCAUGGGGGCAACUAUGGAAUAUUCUGUGUUCCAAUCGCUCUAACGAUCCGGUCUGUCCCUCCUCAAAACUCGAGUCUUAUCUCAAAAUGA